AUGACGAAUUGCGCACCUUGCCUUGCACUGGCACUGUUGUUGCAUGCCAUGGCGUCUCCUCCAGCAGCAUUCCAGGAGGCAUUACUCCAGCCUUAUGCUGGGUACUGUGCACACCCGCCUUUAGCCCAGCAGCGUGCAAUUGCUGGUCCACUUGCAGAUGAAGUCCUGUCAGCUGCACACUUACAUUUGGUGGGCGUUCAGGUGGUGUUUCGGCAUGGCGCCAGAGAUUUGUCUUCGGACAGAGCCUGUUUCGCAACUAUGGAAGCAGUCUUCCGGAAUUGUUCGGUGCAGCAGCUGGUUUCCUUCGAGACUGGGGAAAAGGAGGAUGAGGAAACAGCACCGCUGUUGCGAAAGAUGCUGGAUGCAUACCCUUCCAUGGAAGAGAACAUGCCUGGCUCUGGUUACAUCUCACAAGCGGUUGGUUGUGGAAAAGGUGUGCUGUUGAAUGAUGCCAUUCCACAGACCAUAGCCCUUGCCCAUUCCAUCGAGCAGAAGUAUUUCCGCUCAUUGCCAUCGGCCCCGAGUCUUGACACAAUCCGAAUGUACUCCACAGGCAAGGAACGAACCCAGGCCACCCUCUUCCUUCUGCAAAAGCAUCUCUUCAGCGACGAAUCUGCCAAGGCCCGCUCAUUCUAUUCCCGUCCUGUCUCAAGCGAUCCAUGGGACUUGAAUCAGCACUGUCCUCGUGUUGGACACAUGCGCCAUGCAAGACAUUUCCAGACGGAUCCACAGAUAAUUGAGCGUCGGUUUCCGUCUUUUGCUCGCAGAUGGAGGGACGCCGCAGGAACCGAAUUUCAGGCAAGCUUCAAGGACUGCCUGCUGGUCGCUCAGUGUUCCGGACAGCAGGCCUUGCUCUUGCCGGAAGGUUUGCAGCCAAAUUCGGAGCUGUUCAAGGAGGCUUUGACGAUAUCUUUGGAGCUCUUCCAGGAGCAUUUCUCGAAAGACGAUGCGACGGUCGAGCAGAUGCAGCUCCUCGCUGCCCCUGCACUGCUCGAGCUAGACCAGCUUCUCCAGCACCAAGCGGACGAAACCGACUCUGCAGCUUUCGCCUUGUGGGCCACACAUGACACGACCAUAUUGGUAAUGCUUGUGGCAUUGGGCCUUUGGGAUGGACAGUGGCCUCCAUAUACAGACACCUUAGUGCUGGAAGUCUACAAAGAGCUUCAACAGCAGGGUAGUCACGGCAGUGGCAGUGCUUUUGUGCGGCUGCUCCAUGGCUCAACUGUCUUGCAUCUUCCAUGGUGCAAGGUUCAUGAAAGGAUUCCAGGGCUCUGUUCUGUGGAGUCUUUUUUGCCUCCAGCCAUAGAGCGGUUUCGAGACAUGAAAGCAUAUCGACGGGCUUGCAAUGCGAGCAGCUUGUUUAGCGCUGCUCCCGCUAUUCCUGUGGAGCAGAGUGUCACAUGCGGAUUACCAUCGGCAGGAGCCCUGAUGUUCUCUGCUUUGUCGUUCGUAGCCGGCUACCAAUUCAAAGCCUGGCAGAGGUCCAGGCCUGAUUCAGCAGAUUAUGUAGUGCUGUCGCCGCAGCCAUAA